CACUGCUCCGGCAGACUCCAACGCUACACGCCGUCUUUCUGAGAAGUCACAGUAGACAUCGGACGGUGUACUGUACAGCAGGCAGCUGGCUGAGUCUGGUACACGUACAUGUAUGCUACAGGUGCUGAACAAGCAGUCUGGUGCUGAACAAGCAGUCUGAUGAGUGAGUCAGCAGGACUUCUGACAAGCUCCAUGGCAACCCAGGACAACAACUGUUAGUCACGUCCCCAGCUGUCACCACCGUGCACCGACGGCCCACCAGGAUCUGCCUGCUACUGACAUUCGUCAUUUCUUUGCCUCGAGGUUUCCAAGGAAACCAGUCAAAAACACAUGCACAGCUUUUUCUGACAUGUCAAUAAAGUCACAGUAACAGUCUUAUGGCCGCACCUGGGGGAAUUAUUGUUGUAUCAAGGCCGCUAGAGCUCUGAAAGACUGCUGUAACAAACCCUCGCGAUUUAGCCCCACCAAUUGUAAGCUCCUCACGAUUUCAGCCCUUGGCUGCAAAGAGAGAGUAAUCGGCCGACCCAAUAAACAUCCUAGAAAUAAAUUUUUGAAAACCUGGCUGCCAGGAUGAGUUCAUCAGAGGACUUGCGAGUAAAACAGAUCAUGGCGAUCACCCUAAAGACUGCCAAAGCUGGGAUGGCACGUUUGAGAGGUGCCGACUUCGCGCCCACCAUCGGACUCGGCUUGAACAAGGCUGGCUUCAAAGCCGUCCUCCUGACCAGCAUCCCAUCAAAUGUUUCGGUGAUCUCCGAAUACGAGAUCAGGACAGUCCGGCAUAAGAUCGGGGACGCGUACGAGUACAAGGUCGACUACGCCGACAUCCUGAUCCACCCGAAAGUCGAGAAGGACGGCUACGGGAGCACCAGCGACGACCCUCUCUCCAGCGAAGAAGACACGACGAGGGACUCCCCGAAAAACGACAGCCUCGGCCUCCAGUCUCCGAGCGGACCGGGGCUGACGCGAGAACUGGUCCUCGAUGAACCUAAACCCAAACCCAUCCGUACAGAAAGCAGCGACGACGGUGAUGAGGAGAUAGAAAAGGCAGUUGCGCCGGUUCUCAUCCCCCCGUCCAUACAGAUCGAGGAGAACAGGCUGCCUACUAUCCAGCUCCUCGACGUUCCCUGGGCGAUCGUGAUCCACAUUUCCUACAUCCCGGCCGGGUUCGCCCGACUGGGGUUCGACCCGCCCCCGGGCCACAUCAACCGGGACACGGGGAAACGCUUCGGCCCACCCAACUACAGCGACCGCAGCUACCUGCAGGCCAACGCCGAGACGCUCACGCAGAUGAGCCCAAAAGAGCUGAUGGAGGUCGAGUUCCAGGAUCAGAAGAGGGGCAUCAUCAAGGUCAAGGACAAGCGGAACAUGACCUUCGAGAAGGCCGUCAGCCACGCCCGGAAGCUCCGGGUCGCUAAGGAGAUCCCGGUGUACGCUUUCGCGGUGGUCGGAAUCGGCCCCAAACUGGCCAAGGCCAAGUGGAAGCGAGAGGUGGCCCGGCGUCCACAGGACAACGCCGAGAGCAGCUGACUUGUUUCGUACUACAGUCAGUCAGAAAGUUGUAUCGACAAUGACGCCCCAAACAUCGAGUCUAACGACAUCAAUGUCAAUGUUGGCAACGUCCUGAAUGUUCCGAUUGAAAACAACGUCGAUCAGAGGGACAGUAUUACCUGUCGUGUAUGUAGAAUCCUCUAAGCUGCCUGGUUUGCCUGCAGUACUGGUGUAAUACACCAGGGGGCAAUUGUAAUGGUUGGCCAAGACAGUACGCAGCUCUCUAGUCAAACUGAAGUAGAACUUGCUGCCAUCAACUCCAGUAAUGUGCUCUUUGUAUUAGACAACUUUCAAUGAUGCUGGGAGAUAGAGCUGCAGAAUGAAUUGUUUGGUAUUAACAGUACCUUGAAUUUUAUGAUGCCUUUCAUUGUUUCACUUGAGAAACUGGAGAAACAGAAUGAUGCAUGUGUGUGGUACAAUGCAUGGCACAACGUGUGGCACAUGUGUAGUACAAUGUGUGGCACGUGUGGUGCAAUGCAUGGCACAA